AUGGAUAUCUCUAUUACCAAUGCCACGAUUGGUACACCAAAUGCCGUGAUAUUUGGUGGAAUAUGUCUUGGUGUUGGCAUCUGGGUCAAGGUGGAUAAUACCUACCUCAUUUACCUGACUCGCAUUUCGAAUGACGUCACCAAUCUGAGCGCCUUGAAUCUGCCCUCCCUUAUAGAAUCUGCUGCCUGGGUUCUCAUAGCUGGUGGAGCCGGAAUCUUUGUCGUGGCCUUCUUGGGAUUUUGUGGAGCCAUCAAGGAGAUCAAAUGUUGUCUUUAUUUGUAUGUUCUUCUGGUAUUCAUCAUACUUGGCGUGCAGAUAGCUGCUGUUGCUUUGGCAGUGGUAUACAGUACCCAGUUUCAGAGUUAUGCACAGACAUAUCUGACAGCAUCGCUGUCAGGAAAGUAUGUGGGACCAUAUGACACCUCCAAUGCAGUAUCGCUGGCCUGGGAUAUCGCCCACAUAAAGCUGUCUUGCUGUGGCGUUGACGGGCCCAACGAUUUCUCCACAUUCAGUACGUGGAACACGACGUGGGUGAACCCGAACACCAACGCACUGGGCACCGCAACCAUCCCGGCCACGUGCUGCCUCUCCACCUCCAGCGCCUCCUUCCCACUGCAGCCAACCACGUUUUUUAAUGCCGUCGUAGACCCGGCAUGUCCCGUAACGAAGGGAAGCAGUCAGACAGUUGGUUGCUAUAAUGCGCUGAAAACAUUAUUCUCCAAGUAUUUCUACGUGAUUAUUGGAAUUGGUGCAGCUGUUGUUGUCUGUGAGGUAUUGGGCAUCGUUUCUGCUUGCUGCAUCGCCAAGAAAAAGAAUGAGAUUGAGUCAAUGUGACCUGUAUCAGUAUCAAAUUACAUCAAACUGAAAGGAAGACAGACGUUGCCAUAUUUUGAAGUGCACGAAGAAUAAUUAUGACGUGUUAUGUUAUGUCAUGUUGUGAUUGUGACUUUUAAAAUUAUGAAUAUGGCGAUAGCUAUGACUGUUAAGUGUUGGAGCGCCUGAAGAUAUAUAUAAUUGUGACAUGUUGAACUGGAUGAAAACAUCGAAUUGACCGAUCAGAGUUUAUGAUGUACUGAAAUGACUGCGAAAUAACAUUGUGAAGUGUUGGCUGAGACCACAUAUCGUGGCAUUGUCGUUUCGGCUUCCUACACAGUAAAUAGAAUGUUUUAGAAUUGAUCGCAUUGAGGGAAGCAGAUGCGUUUGCAAGGGUGGAUGUGGGGGUGGGUGUCCAGACUGGCAAGCGACGUUUUUAAGGGGAUCAAAUCAUACUUCCACUGAAAAUGUAUUGAAAAAUAAUUUGAUUGGAGUAGGGAGAUACUAAAAUGUUUUCAUGUGUUAAAUGUUGCCAAGUUGGAUCGUUGGGUGGGUUAUUAUUAUUAAAAACAUCACCAUCCCAUUGCAAAAGUGGGACUAUCGCAUUUAGGUUUCUAAAAUAUUCGCCCAAAAUGAAGUUCAUUGAAUUGGAAGCAGUAAGAAGAUGUUUUUGU